CUCUCUCUCUCUCUCUCUCUCUCUCUCUCUCUCUCUCUCUCUCUGUCUCGUCCUGAAUGUGAGUGAAUCACAGCAGUGGAGAAACAGCGGAGAUCACCAGUGCUGAGGGGCUCGAUCAUGCGUUCGCGCAGCAGCAGUCUAGAGGACACCGGGAAGGUGGAGCUUUCUCCACCCAGGGGCGGGGCACGGCGGGACCAGGCCAAUCACAGCAGUCGACGCCCUCAGGAAGCCACACCCACCGUCCACAGGAACCACAGGCAGAGAGAGAGCAAGCCGAAGCCGAAGAGUCGAGACCUGACGCGCGAUGACCUGCUGUUCCUGCUCAGCAUGCUGGAGGGAGAGCUGCAGGCCAGAGACGAGGUGAUCACCGUCCUGAAAGCCGAUAAAAUCGACCUGGCGCUGCUGGAGGCCAAAUACGGUUUCGUGACGCCGACGGCGGUGCUGAAGAGCCUGCAGAGAGACGGCCUACAGCAGAGCAGCGGCUGGCAGGAGGACAUCUACGAGAAGCCCAUAGCAGAGCUGGAUAGACUGGUGGAGAAGCAAAGGGAAACACACAGGCGUAUGCUGGAGCAGCUACUGCUGGUGGAACGCGCGCACAAACACACACUCCACCGGCUGGAGGACGAGAAGAAGAACCAUCGAGACUUCAUGAAGAAGAGCGACGACUUCACCAGCCUGCUGGAGCACGACCGGGAGAGAUUAAAACAACUCAUUGAUCAGGAAAAGACACACCAGGAGAGAAAGGAAGAGGAGAGUAAUAAGCAAGUCACGAAUCUAAAGGACGAGCUGACCAAGUUAAAGUCCUUUGCCCUGCUGGUGGUGGACGAACAGCAGCGCCUUACGGAGCAGCUGAGCCAACAGAUCACCAAGGUCCAGGAGCUCCAGAACUCUGCGGGAAAGGCUCAGGAGGAGCUGAACUCUGCCCAAACACGACUACUGGACGAGGAGAAUAAAGUGCUGCGUCUGGAGGAAGAGUUACGCAAGCAGACCUGCCACUUCCACCAGGAGCAGGACGCCAUGACAGCCAAACUGACCAAUGAAGACGCCCAAAACCGACAGCUGCGGCAGAAGCUCUCGUCCCUCAGCCGACAGCUGGACGAGCUGGAAGAAACCAACAAAACCCUGCACAGGGCUGAGGAGGAGCUGCAGGAGCUGCGGGAUAAAAUCAGCCGUGGGGAGUGCGGAAACUCCAGCCUUGUGUCCGAGGUAGAGGAGCUGCGGAAACGGGUUCUGGAGAUGGAGGGCAAGGAUGAGGAGCUGAUCAAGAUGGAGGAUAUGUGCAGAGACCUCAACCGAAAGCUAGAGAAGGAGGCCAAGCAGAGCUGCAGCCUAAAAUCAGAGGUGGACAAGCUGAACCAUAGAAUCAUGGAGCUGGAGAAACUAGAGGAUGCCUUUGGAAAGAGCAAGCAGGAGUGCAAUUCUCUGAAGAGCAACCUGGAGAAAGAGCGGACUAUGACUAAACACAUGUCCAAUGAACUAGAUAUACUGAGAGUCAGAAUCAAAGAGCUGGAGACUACCGAGGUUCGCUUGGAGAAGACGGAGCUGACACUUAAAGAGGACCUGACAAAACUGAAGACACUGACCGUCAUGCUAGUGGAUGAGAGAAAGGCUAUGGCGGAGAAGUUAAAGAUGAUGGAGGACAAGGUGCAAAACAGCACUGGCAAACUACAGGCAGAGCAGGACAAAGUCAACAAUGUCACCGAAAAGCUGAUCGAGGAGAGCAAGAAAACUCUGCGUUCAAAAGCCGAGCUGGAGGAGAAGAUGUGCGUCGCUACUCGAGAGAGGGAUGAGCUCAAAGCAAAGCUGAAGACGGAGGAAGAGAAGAGCAGCGACCUUCAGUCCAAAGUCAGCAUGAUGAAAAAGCGACUUCAGUCACUGGAAACAGUGGAAAGAGAGUUAUUGAGGAACAAAUCCAAGGAAGAGCACACAAAGAGUCCAGGUCCAUACCGCUACCAGCAGGAAGACAACAAAGUGAAAGAUCUGACCCAGGAAGUGGAACGUCUCAGGAGGAAGCUCAAGGAGAUGAAAGUGGUGGAGGGUGAUCUUUUGAAGACUGAGGAUGAGUUUGAAUCCCUGGAAAAGAGAUAUUCCAAUGAGCAGGAAAGAGCGAAAACCCUCAUGGAGGAACUGGAGAUCUCCAGGAAGGAGCUGUCCAAGUACCAGCUGGCGGAGAAAGAGGAGUCCAACCAGGAGCAGAUCCUGUACAAGCGUCUGAAGGAGGAAGAGGCCAAAUCCAGUCAUCUCACCAGAGAGGUCGAAGCCCUAAAAGAGAAGAUCCACGAGUACAUGGGUACAGAGGAAUCUAUCUGCCGCUUGAAAACAGACCACACCACCCUGCAGAGAAAACUCACCCAGCAAGAGGUCAGGAAUAAAGAGCUGGCCCGAGAGAUGGAGACUCUUACACGGGAACUGGAGCGAUACCGGCGCUUCAGCAAGAGCCUACGACCGGGCAUGAACGGUAGACGAUUCUCGGAUCUCCAGGUCUCCACAAAGGAGGUUCAGACAGACCCAACAGACAGUUUAUCCCCAAACUAUAAGAAUUUCGCACCACUAGAGCGUGCUCUAGUCAAUGGCAAGCUGUACGUAGAAAGUGAUCCCGAGGACGAGGCCAACUACAAUGAGAUCCACCUCACAAAAUGCUCCCCGUCGCUCAUGAACAGCGUCAACAAUCUGAACAACAACAUGAGAAGAGUCCGAGGCCCGUUCCUUAAGCCCAGAGAGAAUCACCAUCCAAUGAAUAACAAGAGACAGAAUGGAAAUCAUGUUCAGCAGGGAGAUGUGGUCCUCACACACAGUCCUGGGCAACCCCUGCAUAUUAAAGUCACCCCUGACCACGGACACAACACUGCAACUCUGGAGAUUACCAGUCCUACAUCAGAGAAUGCUCCGUCCUACACCAGCACUGCGGUCAUCCCGACAACCGGUGCGCCCCCAAAACAGAGAAUCACAAUCCUCCAGAACUCCAUCUCUCCUUCCGGUAAGCCCAAAGGUUCUCCUCCUCCUCCAGAGAGUCCCUGCACUCCUGACCGCUCCAUGUCUCCGCUCACCAUGACGGCCUAUUCACAAACUCUCUCUUCAGAGUCCUGUGGCCCGCUGACCCCGGAUCGGGCCCUGUCCCCUAUUCAGAUUGUGUCAGUCACCACAGGAUCCCCUGACCGCUCUGAGCCAGCAGAGCUCCUGGGGGGCCAGACGGUGCUCCGGGUCAGUCCGGAGAGGCAGAACAGCUGGCAGAUACAGAGGUCCAACAGCUCAGGUCCAAACGUCAUCACCACUGACGACAAUAAAAUCCACAUCCACUUAGGCAGCCCCUACAUUCAGGCCGUGACCCCCUCAGCCAAACCCAUCAGCCCCUGUUACUCCCUGGGGCCAGAGCCACGGGUUCCAGUGUUGAACAACGGCACCCCGGCCAAAGGCAACAACAAAAUCACAAGCAGCAUCGUGAUAAAACCCACAUCCGGUCCAAUCUCUCGACCCUCACAAAUUACAAUGCCUCUGGAAUCAUUCCGGCGUUCUGGACCCACCAGGAUUCCCAAACCCAAAGUGAGAGGAUCAAACAGCGGCGCACUGAACUCUGGGAAAUGUGUGUCCAAACACCAGCAGCCCAGCCAAUCCUGAGAGAGAGAGCCGCUCUGUGCGUUACUCUGCACUGCUGGGCUGUGUGUGUGUGUGUGUGUGUGUGUGUGUGUGUGUGUGUGUGUGUGUGUGUGUGUGUGAUCAGCUCCUCAUUUCCCCCUGAUCACUGCACUCGCUGUGCUGCUAGCCUAAUGCUGGAUUCCCCAUGUCAGCUGUUUCUGCAGAGUGACGGUGCUCUGGCUGCUGUAUGACGUGUUUUUGAUGUAUGAGAUCUGCAUAUGAAUAAUAAUAAAGACUUUUUAUAUCUUCCA